UAAUAUUAGGUAGUGGGUAGUUGGCGUUUCAAUAAUUUUUAUUUCAUAUAAAGUAUAACAUACAAAUAUUUUACGUCCUAGCUUUAAAACUAGACAGAUGUAAUUCUAAUGGUUUUAAUAAAAUAUUAUUCUGAGCGGAAAUUUGUUGUGUUCUUAAACUAGAAUAUUUUUUUGUACCAGUUUUUCGUAAACAAAAAUUAAAGAUUAGGUUAUUUAAUUGAAACUUAAGAGUUAAUUUGUAGUUUCAAGAUUUCAAAAUGCACUCUGAUCAACAAGUAAAAAAACGAUUACGUGAUGAAUUUAAUGAUAUCGAAACCAAAAACAUGUGGAACACCACGUAUAGAUUUGUCGAAGCAGAAAGUUCUAAAAUAAGAAAAACAUCUGAUGAAGCAAAGAAACCACAAAACAAAUCUUUUAACAGGUAUCAAGAUGUUUCACCUUACGAUGAUACUAUAAUAACACUUAAAAAAGGCAAUGUAUCCUAUAUCAAUGCGAACCUCAUUCAGGUUUGUGAUUGUGAUAGACAAUAUAUUCUUACACAAGGUCCAUUGGAAAAUACUUCUUCUCAUUUUUGGCUAAUGGUGUGGGAACAAAAUUCCAAAGCCAUUUUAAUGCUAAACAAAAUUAUCGAAAAGAAAAAACUUAAGUGUCACCAGUACUGGCCCAAGAAAAAAAGUGAAAAUUAUAAGUUUAUUUGGAACAAUAUUGGUUUGUCUGUUGAAUUCAUAUCAAAAAUUAACCAUGGCUUUUAUGUGCAAAGUAUAUUGAAACUAAAUGACUUAGAAUCGGGAAAUUCGCGAGAGAUUUUCCAUUUCCAUUAUACCGAUUGGCCUGAUUUUGGUGUUCCUAAAACUCCAACGCCUUUUUUAAGAUUUUUAAGAGACAUUAGGCGUAGUGGUAGUCUUGAUUUAUCCAAUGGACCAGCUAUUGUCCACUGUUCUGCAGGAAUAGGACGUUCAGGGACAUUUUGUUUGAUAGAUCUUUGCCUUAUUCAAAUGAACACACCGGAUGGUUUGAAAUAUGUUCAUGUACGUUCGUUGUUAGUAGAAAUGAGAAAAUGUCGAAUGGGACUUGUACAAGCUCCAGAGCAACUGCGAUUCUGUUAUCAAAGCAUAAUUGAAGCUCUCGAUACAAAUUGGGAAGCUGAGAAUGAGGAAGAUUUGCCUAAUUUGGAUGGAGCAUUGUUAAAUAAUGAUAACGAGUCUGAAGACGAUAGUACUGACAGUGAACUUAGUAGUGAAGCACCUCCAUUACCGCCUCCACGGACAGAAUCUUUAAAAAAAUCAAACGAAGAUCACUAUGUUGAGGAUGAUGAAGAUGAUGACAAGGGUGAUGAUGAUGACGAAGAAUCUUUAGUCUCAGAGUCAGAAAGUGAUGAUACAGAGUCUACUCCACCUCCAUUACCACCCCCGAGAGAAAUUGAUCAACCUAAUAUCAACGAGCAUAAUAAAUCGAAAAACACCAAAGAAGAUAAAAAAUUAAAACUAGACGAGGAAGCAGAAAAAACAAAAGCUCUAGCUGAUAAACUGAAAUUGAUGAAACGAAAACAAAAAGAGCAAGAAAAAUGGGAACAAAUCAAAAGGUCGUGGCUUAACCCAUUGAGAAAUUUAGGACUCGGAAUUUUAGCUCUGAGUGGUGGUGUUAUGAUUGUAGCCUACUAUAUUAAUUAUAAAAAGUAGCACCUAUUAAUGAAAAAAAUAAUUAAAACUCGGCUUUACAAUUUACAAGAUAUUAUUUUAAAUUAUGCAUCUUAAUGUUUAAUGUUUAAAAGAAUUAAUUUUAAACAUUUAUCUAUGUUAUUUAUAAUGUAACUGGAAUAAUACAUUUUUUUUAAGCGCUAUUCUAAAAAUAAAGAUUAAAUGUGCUCUUUUGUUUAAACCAUUAAAAAAAACAUUUUAUUCAAUGAAACUAAAACUUUAUUAUAAUUAUGAAUUUGUGCAAUAUUUUAUAAUUUAUCGUUUAAAAAUACACAAAAAAAUAUCUUUGUAGAUUGUAAAUGCUGGAGACUACAAACGAAUGUUAAUAGUUCCCAAGGUGUUGAGCAUUACUGUGUUGUUAUACAGUAGUUUUAUAACGUGUGUAUAAACAUAAGUAGAAAUUAUAAUAAACUAUUCUUUUAUAAUGAUCUUAUCUGAAUACUUAUCAUUCCAUAAGUAAUGUUAGGCUUAACUUGCAAACUAAAUGAAUAUUUUAAAUAAUUAAGAAUAUUUUUGUGUUGUAUGACCAAAGUUUCGUUAGUAAAAGUUCAUAUGUAUACUAUUAAAUUGAACAAAU